AUGGAGAAGCUCAUCUCCAGAAGAAGUGACUUGCAAGUUGUACCUGAGUCUUUCAUCUUACCCCUGGAAACUAGACCCGGAAAUACACAAGUUUUUGUAUUGGAGGACAUUCCGGUUAUUGAUUUUCAGCAACUUGGUAUUGACAGACAACGGCUGAUUAAGCAAAUUAUAAACGCAGCCCAAGAAUUUGAAUUCUUUCAGUUGAUCAAUCAUGGAGUUUCAACACAUUUGUUGCAUAAUGUAUUAGAUGUGGCCAAUCAUGAGUUCUUUGAGCUGCCUUUUAAAGACAAAGCAAGCUUCUAUUGUGAAGAAACUAAGAAAAGUUGUAGACUAUACACCAGCAACGACGAUAUAUAUGAGUGGGAAGGCACAUUACGUACUGGAGAGAAAAAUUAA